UCAGUCAUACAAGCCCAGCCUAGUAGGACUUCCAUUAUUCAAUAUUCAACAAUUCUUUUGCUUAGGUGCUUCGAGCAUCAAUCUGCAAUAUUAUUUGCCAGUUCCUUCUUUGUAUAAAGUUAGCCUAAACUCCCAAAUCUUGCUUUAUCCUCUUCUUUUUCUUUUUUUUUUUUGUGACAUUUUGAUAAUAUCGUGCUACAAAGAAACCAACAAACAGAGAACUCUUGCAUUUAAUUUGUAGAUACUGCUAGUUUGCUACUUGCUCACUACUGGGCUGUGGCCAGACAAAUUUAUCAGAAGCAUGGACAUGGAGGCUGCAAUUCAAGGUGGAAAGCACAACAUGCUUAAUAAGUUCAAGAUUUGCAUAUCCAUGAAGACUCUGAUGGUUCUCUUCAACUGCAUCUUAUUGACCAUUGGCCAAGUUGGUGGUCCAUUGCUUGUGAGAAUUUACUUCUUGCAUGGAGGGAAAAGAAAAUGGCUCACUGCUUGGUUACUCACUGCUGGUUUUCCCUUACUUAUCCUCCCAAUUAGCAUCUCAUAUUUUAAAAAUCGAUCCAACGCUUCGUCUCCAAAGUUUUUGGUCCCUCCUAGACUUGUCGCCGCUAGUGCCUUCUUGGGAUUUCUUCUGGGCAUAGAUAGCUACUUGUACACCUUUGGCAUGUCUUACCUCCCCGUUUCGGUUUCUUCCCUUCUGGGCUCGAGCCAACUUGCCUUCACGGCAAUUUUCGCCUACUUUGUAGUUAAGCACAAAUUCACUCACUAUUCAAUCAAUGCUGUGGUUCUAAUGACCUUUGGAUCGGCUAUUUUGGGACUGCACAUGAACGGGGAUCGUCCCAGUGGCGAAUCACAUGCCAAUUACACGCUGGGAUUUUUCAUGACCCUUGGUGCUGCUGCUCUUCAUGGAUUUAUAAUGCCAGCAUUCGAAUACGCACAGAAGAAGGCUGAAGUUACCGUCACGUUCGACCUCUUCUUGCAAGUUCAGUUCCUUGUGUCGAUGUUUGCCACCCUGUUCUGUACCAUCCCCAUGAUAAUCAACAAGGAUUUUCAGGCAAUUCCACAAGAGGCUGCAGAAUUUGAACUUGGACCAAUGAAGUACUACAUGAUACUGGUAAUGGCUGGGAUUGCAUUGCAGUGUAUGAUGAUAGGGAGCACUGGGGUUAUUUUCAGCUCUUCAUCCCUCUUUGGGGGAAUUGUGACUUCUCUUUUAGUACCAGUCCAACAGAUAUUUGCUAUUUUUUGCUUAGCGGAAAGCUUCAGUGGCGAAAAAGGGAUGGCCUUGGCGAUGUGCCUUUGGGGUUUUGCCUCUUACUUUUAUGGAGAAUACAAAGUAAACCAGAAGCAGCCAGACGUUAAACAUGAGCCAGAGCAUGAGGAAGUUUGAAUUCUUCAUGAAACUUUUUUGGCUCAAAAGAUAAUUAAAAAACAGAAGAAACUCAAGUUUCUCAGACUAGAAUCGGCAGCCAAUGUGGAUAGAUGCAAAGGUUCUGCCACUUGAAUUUUGUACCUAUCUUUAGAAUUUAGAAGUAUUAGUGCCACCAUUACGACAAACUGAAGUGGAAAUUUUUUUUAUUUGAUUGUGGUACAACCAAAUGGCUUGGUUUAGCCAAUAGGCACCAUCUUCUAUUCUCAAGAAUCUCCAACGAAUGCUCUCU